CACCACCGUGUACAGAGAGAAGUGAAGCGGAGAGGAACAAUAUUAGCGUAGUUAGCCCGCCGUCGGUUUAUCUGCGUUAGAGCAGAUUUAGUUAAAUUAGGAGUUACAUAGUAAAUCUGAUGAAUUUGUGGACUUCAGGUUAUUUUAAUUUUACAGGGCUCGGAUCGAUCUACAUGGACUACGUCGAUUAAAAGGUUUGUGAAGGUAACUCAAAAUGCCAUACGGAAAGAUUGUCGUGAUAAAGAGGGGAGGAGGAGAUGGAACUGAGUUUCCUCUAACUGCAACAUGUCUCUUUGGAAGGAAGCAAGAAUGUGAUAUUCGUAUCCAGCUGCCUCAUGUAUCUAAAGAACACUGUCGGGUGGAACUGAAUGAAAAUAAAGAGGUGAUCCUCACUAACAUGAGUUCGGUGAACCCGACUCGUGUGAACGGGGAAGAGCUGCAGCAGGCGGAACGUCUGAAGCAUGGUGACGUAAUCACAAUUAUUGACCGUUCUUUCAGGUUUGAGUCUCCUCCACAACAGACGCCAAAGAAAUCUUCGGUCUCUGGCAAAGCAGAUACUCAGGUUCUGCACGAGCAGUUGAGAACCCCAGGAGUGAACCGGACGUCUGAGAUCUCAACAGGCCCCCGUCUGAAAGAUGGCGCAAACAAUGACAACAUCCAGCGAUCCCUGGAUAAGACCAUGGAGGUGGAGUCCAAGGAUGACAAGACCGACUCCCCCUUCAACGAGCUGUACCAGAUGAUCAAGCAUUCUCUGGUGACUCCACGCAAACCGUCCGGACAGCAGUCCCAGACACCCGCAACCAAGAGCGGCACCCCCAGGUCUCAGCCCGGGCUUAUCACUAAAGUGGUUGUGCAGCCUGCUGCUGCCACACCAGACGUGGUGAGCACCGCCAGCAAAGAUGAGAUCAAGAGCCAGGUGGUUGCACCUGCAAAGUCCCCGAAGAAGCAGACUCCAAAAACCUCCCUACCCGCUCAGGAGACGCCCAAAAAGACGGGUCUGUCUCUGCCUGCCGAAACCCCCAGCACCCUGGAGGCGAGCGCAGCACCUGAGGAAGAGACCCCGCAGGAUGCCAUUGCCGAAGCGACCUGUGCCACACCCACUCGUGCCUCAGUGAAGCCCUCUCCAAGGGUGUCACCUCGCAGUGUUGAGAAGACGAUCAAGGCCCACAGUUUAAAGAAGGAGCUGGCAGCAAAGACGGCAGCAAGUGAGAUACUGGCAGCAAAGAAAAGGGAAAUGGAAGCUUCAGCCAGCCCAAUGACAAUGAGGAAGCGCGUGUCAUUCGGAAGCCACCUGAGCCCCGAGCUGUUUGACAAACGCCUGCCCCCGAGCUCCCCUCUGCAGAAGGGGGCCACCCCGCGACACAGCCUCAGCGUGGCUCGACCCAAACAGUCGCUCCUCAGACGGGCCUCAGCCAUGGGCUUGGUCAAGGAGUUUGACGAAGUAAAAAGCCCGAAGACCAAGUCUCCAAAGGCCAAGACUCCCUCGCCCGCCAAGAAGUCGCCAAAGGUCAAGUCUGGCACACCUUCAAACGACCAGUCUCCCACCGUCAAUGGGCGCUUCUCCGUUUCACGCAUUAACACGCCGUCGCCCAACGCCGAACUGGAGACCGCCACCCCGAAACUGCCCCUGAAGAGGAAGAGCAUCGCUAGGAAGAGCAUCGCUCGGAAGACGCCCAAGACCGCCCUGAAGAAUGCGGCCGAGGUUCUGCGCAGAAGAAGUGGAGUUUCAAGGGCAUCUUUGAAGGUUGUGAAUUCCUGGGUGGACAUUGUGAAGUUUGGCCAGGCCAAGCCGGUGGUCGCCCUAUGCAAGGGUCGGGCUGCCCCACAGAAGGUGAAGAAGGCUGUGGUGGCUCUACCCAUGACCCCUGCUAAGAAGUGCCCUCACGGCCAUGUGACCACUGGCCAUGCUGAUUCACCUGUCACUAUUGUCGUCGGCAAAGCCUUCAAUCAACGGGCCGUUCAAGCAGCAGGGGCUGCUCCCAAGCUGGUCCAGAAUAUCGCUCUUCUGAAGAAGAACAUGAAAGUAGAUCAAGACCUGACCGGAAUCGCCGAGAUCUUCACCACCCCAGUCAACGCAAGGAAGAGGAAAUCUGACCUGAUGGCGAAGACCUCCACAGAGACUCCCGCCACAGCGCUCUCUACAUCCGCCGUCGAAAUGUCCGUCAUGAACACGCCAGAGGAGACCGGUGAAAUGGUUGUUUCCCCAAUGGGCGUUGGCUCCACAGCAAAGCGCGGCACAUUCAACCGCGAGGCGGUGCAGCGUCUCCUGCAGAGUGAGGAGGGCUCCAGCUUCGUCGCCGAGGCCCCGGCUCUGGAUGACGCCGUGCAGGCCUCCAGCCAAGUGGUCGACACCAAGGAGGCCACCCCCAAGCAGAAGCCCGCCCAGAGGGCCGCGAGGACCCCCAAGCAGAAAGCCGAGCCCAUCGAGGACCUCCGGGGAAACCUCCUGAAGACACCCAAGCAGAAGCCGCAGCAGCCAGACGGUCUCAGCGCCGUGAAGCGGAUCAUGAAGACCCCGAGGCAGAAGUCCGAGCCCAUGGAGGACCUCAGGGGGAAACUGCUGAAGACUCCCAGAGUGCAGAAGGUCUCUGGAGAGCUGAAUCUAGAGGGAGUCGAGCAGCUCCUGCAGACCCCUAAACGGAGGGAGGAACCGGUCAGUGCCGUUCCAGAGGUGGUUGUCCAGGAAACUCGGGCCACCCCGGAAGAAACCAUCGCUCCCGUUGUGGAGGUUGAGGAAAAUCUGACAACCCCUGUGGAAACCAUCGCUCCCGUUGAAGAGGUGGUGGUUGAGGAAACUCCACUGGCAACCCCUGUGGAAACCAUCGCUCCCGUUGAAGAGGUGAUGGUUGAGGAAACUCCACUGGCAACCCCUGAAGAGGUGGUUGUUGAGGAAACCAUCGCUCCCGUUGUAGAGGUCUUUGUUGAGGAAACCAUCGCUCCCGUUGUAGAGGUGGUGGUGGAGGAAACCAUCGCUCCCGUUGUAGAGGUGGUUGUGGAGGAAACCAUCGCUCCCGUUGUAGAGGUGGUUGUGGAGGAAACCAUCGCUCCCGUUGUAGAGGUGGUGGUGGAGGAAACCAUCGCUCCCGUUGUAGAGGUGGUUGUGGAGGAAACCAUCGCUCCCGUUGUGGCGGAGGUGAUUGCGGUAGUUCUGGCAACUCCUGAAGAAACCAUCGCUCCUGUUGUAGAGGUGGUGGUUGAGGAAGCUCUGACAACCCCUGAGGGAAACACUGCUCCCAUCGAAGAGGUGAUGGUUGAAGAAACUCCUGUUGUUGCUGAUAAACCAACUGAGAAUGCUGAGGAUGGACCGGAAGAUGCUAUUGAGGAAGUCGCCCAGGCAGACAUGGCCACCGAACUUGUCUCUUCUGACGCACCAGUUGCCAUGGAAACCGCCCCCAAGGAAGUCGUGCAAGACAGCGCCCUCCCCGCCGCAGCGCCUUUGAGCAAAUCUCUCCGAGGGAAGAAGGUGAAAGCGACCAAACAGGUCACCAACGAGGAUGCUACAGUGGAGGAACUGACCACCCCGGCCAGGGCAAGACCAGGAAGACCGGCGAAGAAAACCCCAGCGCCGUCUCAGGUCGAAGAACAGAUCCCCGCGAAGAGCCGACGUGGCAAGCUGACGGGGGGCCAGGACGUCGAGGCACCGGUCGUCACCAGCCUCGCCGAGGAGGCUCCAGAGGAAGCCCCUCUAAAGCCCAAAAGGGGGAGAAACGCCAAGCCCGCACCUGUUGUCGAUGCCGUACCAGAGAUCGCCACCACUGAAGAGACCGGCCCUCAGGCUCCUGCAGCCGAGGCCGUCAAAUCGGACACCACCGCACUCCCACCUCCAGUCAAGACUCCAGCAACCAGGAAGGGAAGGACCCCCAAGAAGGUGGCUGAACAGCCGACGGCUGUUCCCCAGCCUGAGGAAGAGUCCGUUCCCGCUGUAAAAGUGGCGAAGCCGAGAAGAGGCCGGAAGGCCGCCCAGCAGGAGCCUCGGGUGGGAGUGAUGGAGGAGGACGAGGUCAGUGAGGGGGCGGCUGACGCUCAGCCCGAAGAGCAGGCCCCUGUCACGGUGAAGGCCAGACGAGGGAGGAAGGCUGCACCAGAACCCGAGGCGGUCGCCGUUGAACAGGUCGCUGCCGAACAACCCACCCAGGCCCCGGUCCGGGCCAAGAGGGGAAGGUCAAUCAAGGCCAAACCAGAAGAGGAGGAGGCGGAGGUAGACGUCCCGGUCGUUCCAGAGGCUGUUGUGAAGCAGCUGCCUGAGAAAUCAAGGAGAUCAAAGAAGACCAAGCAAGAGUCUGUUGAGGAGGAGGAGGAGGCCUCCGAAGAGCUCCAAGUGGUGGAGAGUUCGGCCCCUGAGAAGGUGAAGGCUCCGUCUAAAGCCCGGGGAAGAAAGGCCAAGCAGCAAGAGGAGGCGGAAGAGACCCCUGUGGAGUUGGCUGUUGUCGCUGAGGUGGUCGAAGAACCCACCGCAGCCCCGGCUGAAAAACCCAAGAGAGGAAGGCGGCCAACAAAAGCUGAGGAGCCAGAGACGGUAGUCCCUACUACCGCGGAGAAGCCGAAGCGAGGAGGAAGGAGAGCGAAGACCGUUGUUGUCGAGGAGGAAGCCAACGCGCUUCCAGAGGAGACUGUGGAACCUGAGCCGUUUCAAGAGGAGAUCACCGAGUCAACCAGCAGCUCCCUGGCCCAACAGCCAGAGAAGGUUGUUAAGGCGACGAGGGCUAAGAGGGCUGCUGUGACGGUCCCAGCCACGGCGGCAGUCAAGAGGGGUCGUCGUGGUGCCGUGGAGCCCCCCCAGGAGGAGGCUGUCGUCGAAGAAGAGGUCGCUGCCGUCGCCGCGCAGCCCGCGGCUCGCGGAAGGGCAGGCAAACGGGGCACAGUGGGAACGGCUGAUGUUCCAGUGGAAGUGCCCGCAGAGGAAGAGGAGGGAGAAAAGGUCCAGCCCAAAAAGGGAAGGGUCUCAAAAAAGACCAAGUCUACACCCAAAGACCAGGAAUCCUCAAGACCAUUGGAGGACGAGGUGACUGUUACUCCUGAGAUUCCUACCGCAGCGCCUGUGGUCAAGGCCACCCGUGGCAGGAAAGCCGCUGUCGCAGCCGCUCCCGAGAAGGCGGUCCCCGUGGUCGCGGCCAAAAGAAACGUGUCCAAGGGCCAGAGCAAAGCUGAAGAGGAGGAUCUCUCAGUGCCUGUGAAGCGCACCAGGAGAGGCACCAAGGUUUUAUAGGCAGCUCAACCAGUUUACUACCUUUUCUAUUCUAUUAUAACAGUUCACUGGUAGUCUGCAGAAUGUGCUUUUGUCUUAAUGUUGUUGUUUUUUCAUACAUGUAUAUUGCUUUUUGAUUUUAUCUAAUGAUUCUUUUUUUAGUUUUGUGAGAAACGUUUUUAAAAUAAAUUACAAUUUCAAA